AUGCAUAUCAGAACGAGUCUGGCGCUGUUAAUCAGCCUACAAGUAGUUUCUCAAGUAGCAUCGUAUUGGCCGCCUUUGAGAAGUAAAGCUCAAGCCCAUGGCGGUGAAAGCUCAGCAUCUGAUACCGGCCUAUCAUCUGCUCGCGCAGACGCGUCUUUAGGCCGAAGCGACUUCGGCCGCUCUUCUGACUACCAUCCCGGAGGAUUAGGAGCCACCAGCGACGAUCCCAGCUCUGCGGGCUCCCCCGCUGCUGGCGGGACUGGCUCGGCCAGAACCAAAAAUCCAUCGUCUAAGUCUGGCUCUUCGGCUACGCUGUCUGAGUCUGACUCUGGAAGCUCUUCCGGCGGUCCCUAUGACGGAAGAGCUUACCAAGGCCAAGCUACGACCUAUGAUUCCAAAUGGUCUAUUGGAAACGCCCCGAUCCAAUUUUAUAACAAGAAUGGAGCCAGUCAAUAUUAUACUGCAAUCCAAGUGGCCGGCUCGAACAAGCCGAUCAAAUCUUUAGAAGCCCGGGCGACUGGUUCAUCUUCUGACAAAACUUCUCGCGUCGGUCGUGGUUCUAGUGCUUCUGGCGGUGUUGGUGAUGGCCAGGAAGGAUGGAUCAAAUUGGUCAGACAGUCCAACUCUAACCAUUUCGGCCCGCCGAAUGGGAAGGGAGGUCUUGGAACUUCGGCUGACCUGAGAGUGACUUGCGAUGACGGCAAGCAAUUCGUCACCAAAGGUGUCAACUUAAUCGACUCCACUCACCCGACCCCGGCCUCCGGAAACUGUUCUUAA